AUGGUAUCGCCCCAAGACCAGCGUCUGCCCGACGGCGCGGAUCUCGCUGAAGCUGCUGCGACCGACAACGUCAUACCCCGCGCGCCGCUCACCCAACCUUCCACCCAAAAUGCCAUGAGCCCCGACCAGGUCCUCAGCGGCAAACAGGAGCAUUACCUCAAACGAGAGCUCCUCUCGGAGCAAGUCAAGGCCGAAAUCUCUGAGCUCAACUCGCCGACCGCAUUACACAAGGCGAGAGAGAAGGAGUUUUGGCAGGACAAACUGCAGGUGUUCCUCGAAUCCUUUGCGAAUAAGAGCAUUUCCUCUUCUGAAGACCGCUUAGAAGAAACCAAGCGGAGAAAGCUAGCUCUCAAAGCCCAGAAAUUGGUAGAGCUCAUGAUGGUCUCAGGUGUUCAAACCUCGUCUGGUUUCGAAGAGCGCAUUAGGUUCUCCGAGAUUGAGCUGGUUGACAGCAAUGCGAUUGAAACCGGCGUCAUGCAUACUCAGCCUGAAGGGAAUUACUUUAAUGGUUGGGAUGUCAAUAUCGCUGGUGUCCGUAUGAUUUCUAUCAAGCGGAACAUCCGGUACCAUAAGCAUGCUGAAUUCGUGUUGAGGGUCAAGAGGAAGGGUGAAAUCGAACACUUUGUUGCAAGGCGUUAUGGUGAUUUCCACAGGUUGCAUCACCGCCUGCGUCUCGAGCUUCCCGGCAAGGUGUUGCCUAUCCUGCCCAAGAAAAACAAAUCUGACACCACUACUCCGAGUUUCGUCUCACGCCAAACCGACGGGCCCGGAUCAGAGGAUUCGUCAUUGUCAUCCUUGUCCUCUCCGCCCACCGGAGUCGGAGUGGCCCCGGCGCAGGCUAACGGGAUCGCGGAGGGACCAUCCAUGACGCUUAGUGUCAGAGACAAGUCAGAUCAGUCGGUGACGCUUUUCCGUGAGACCCAAAGGGUUUCUUUGAGAGCGUACUUGAGAUCGCUCCUCCAGAGCCCCCAGAUCGCCCAGACAAACGCUAUUGAAGAGUUCCUGACUGGGGAGAGGAUUCAGCUGAAGGACGAGGAUGUUGACGACAUCAUGCGCCGUAAGGCCCUUGAUGAGCGCCGCGUUGAGGAACAGAAGCAAUUCUAUGAGAUUGCGCGGAAGCGCGCGGCUGACCUAGAUGUCUACAUGGAGCACAUACAAUACCGAAAGUUCGCCGAGUGGCUCCGAAUCGAGGUCGCAGCCACCAUUUACCAUCUAUUCCUUGCCGAAGACAACUCACCGGAGCUCUUCUCUCAGCUCAAGCGCAUCCACUCUCUUAUCCCGUACUCCGUUAUCAAAAAUGUUAUCCGAAUCGCCAACCCUGCCGCUGUCAUGUCCGGCAUCCUUGACAUCUUCCUUGCCCAGCCCUUCGGCACUCGCUCGUUGAUGCAGCGCAUCUUUUCUCUAACCCUCAACGACGGCAUUCGCGCUGUCCAAAAGUCCAUAGAUGCUCUCGCAGGAGGAUCGACGACCAGACAAGAUGCUGAGAGGUUGGGAGUGGACAAUAUUGUGGCCAUCAUGCAGUCUGAUGCAAUCGCUCCCGAAAUCACUCCAGCGCAAACGGAGCGCAUCUUCAAUGCUUAUGUUGCUUUCAAUAGCGCGGUGGAGAACAUUGAUCAAGAGCUCAAGCAAGGCGCACAACUCUUCUCGUACUUGAAGCAACUCUUGAAACUCAGCACACGACAGCGAGACAAGCUCAUGAUGUUGCAUCUCAUCGAGGAGCCCGUGACUCUCCAACUCUUCCGGGACCUCUUCACUAUUUUCUACGAGCCGCUUGUGCGGGUGUACAAAUCGGCAAAUGUGUACAACAGUGUUACGGAUUUUGCCAUGUUCCUUGACGACGUGAUCCAGGUUGUUGAAAAGUUCCAUGAGCAGGAUGCCUCCGCAGACCCCAACCAGACGGUGCAGGCUUUCAUCGACCUGUGCGCGAGGCACGAGCACAAUUUUUACAAGUUCGUGCACGAGGGCCCCAAGAACGGCACGCUUAACAUCAAUGCCUUGUACGAGGGUGCCGUCAGCAGUAACCUGGUGGACAAGCAAAUGGUAGUUGACGAAGUGAACGAGCUAAUCAAGUGGCAAGAGGCGCGAAAGAAGUGGCACCAUGACAAGACGCGGCAGAAAAUGGCAGCGGAACCAGCUACGGGACUGGAGGCCAUUGUGUCCAGCUUCAGCUCGUCAGACUUUGGACUGGAUCAGGAUGAUUUGGACGACUUUGCUUAUGAUGACGAGGAGGAAGACGAUACCGAGUCCGAGGCCGAGGAAGAUGACGAAUUAGAUCCGAUUGAGGCCGAGAGGAGGCGCCGGGCCAAGAGGAGGGAUCGGCUUCGACGUCGAGCAGGUGAACCGGCGAAGCCGCCGAUCACUGAGAUUCACAAGUUGAAGGAAAACUUCAUCGUCAUGCUACGACAGGUGCUCGCGGAUGUCUCGGACUCUCGAGUCAACCAUGUCUACAGCUUCGUCCUUGCUUCAGACACUCUCCGUGCCCAAGAAGCCUCUCCUCACCUCACCAAAAAGUACCAGGUCAUUGACCACGAGUAUGAUGCCCUCGUCGUCGGUGGUGGUGGUGCCGGUCUUCGAGCUGCGGUCGGUCUUGCUGAGGAGGGAUUUAACACCGCUUGUCUUACCAAGCUUUUCCCUACCCGUAGCCACACUGCCGCCGCCCAGGGAGGUAUCAAUGCCGCCCUCGGUAACCAGCAUGAGGACGACUGGAGAUGGCACAUGUACGAUACCGUCAAGGGUUCCGAUUGGCUUGGCGACCAGGACGCUAUCCACUACAUGACCAAGGAGGCUCCCGCUGCCAUCAUUGAGCUCGAGCACUACGGAUGCCCCUUUUCCCGUGAUGAGCAUGGCAAGAUUUACCAGCGUGCCUUUGGCGGUCAAUCCCAGAAGUACGGCAAGGGCGGCCAAGCCUACCGAACCUGCGCCGCUGCCGAUCGAACUGGCAAGGCCCUUCUUGAUACCCUCUUCGGCAAGAGCUUGCAGUUCGAGAACAUGAAGUACUUCAUUGAGUACUUCGCCCUCGAUCUCCUCAUGGAAGAUGGCGAGUGCCGCGGUGUUCUUGCCUACUGCCUCGAGGACGGCACUCUGCACAGGUUCCGAUCCAACCAUACCGUUCUCGCCACUGGCGGUUACGGCCGAACCUACUUCAGCUGCACCUCCGCCCACUCCUGUACCGGUGACGGCAUGGCCAUGGUUGCCCGUGCCGGUCUCCCCAACCAGGAUAUGGAGUUCGUCCAGUUCCACCCCACUGGUAUCUAUGGUCCUGGUCUCCUCAUCACCGAGGGCUCUCGUGGUGAGGGUGGUUACCUCCUCAACUCCGAGGGUGAGCGAUUCAUGGAACGUUAUGCCCCUACCGCCAAGGAUCUUGCCUCUCGUGACGUCGUGUCCCGAUCCAUGACGAUGGAGAUUCGCGAGGGCCGUGGUGUUGGUCCCGAGAAGGAUCACAUCUACCUCCAGCUCAGCCAUCUCCCUCCCGAGAUUCUCGCUGCCCGUCUCCCUGGUAUCUCUGAAACGGCUAGGCAUUUCAAGGGUGUCGAUGUCCGCAAGGAACCCAUUCCCGUCAUUCCCACCGUUCACUACAACAUGGGUGGUAUCCCUACUCGAUACACUGGCGAGGUCAUCACCAUCGAUGCCCAGGGCAACGACAAGAUUGUCCCUGGUCUCUACGCCUGCGGUGAGGCUGCCUGCGUGUCUGUCCACGGCGCCAACCGCCUCGGUGCCAACUCCCUUCUCGAUCUCGUCGUCUUUGGUCGCUCAGUCGCCCACACUAUCCGAGACAAGGCCACCCCUGGCGAGGCCCUCAAGCCCAUCGCCGCCGAUACCGGUUCCAAGCAGAUCGAGGACCUUGACCAGAUCAGGACCUCGGAAGGCCACCGCCCCACCGCCGAUAUCCGCCGGUCCAUGCAGAAGGCCAUGCAGGCUGAUGUCAGCGUCUUCAGGACUGAGGAGAGCUUGGCGGAUGGUGUCGAGAAGCUUAACAAGAUUGACAAGCUCUACCACGAGAUCGGCAUCAGCGAUCGUGGCAUGAUCUGGAACACUGAUCUCACCGAGGCUCUUGAGCUCCGUAACCUCUUGACCUGCGCUGUCCAAACCGUCGAGUCUGCCCUCGCGAGGAAGGAAUCCCGUGGUGCUCAUGCCCGCGAGGACUUCCCCGACCGUAACGAUGAGCUCAAGUACCGCAACGUCAUUGCCAACACCCUCGACGAGAACGACUGCAAGCCCGUUCCUCCUUUCAAGCGUGUAUACUAA